AUUUUCUUAAUACCGUGAGCUCUUAUUAGUGAUAAAUGUCUGGGGAGUGUGUAAGAGUUUUUUCAUUAUAAAUUUCAAGAUUUGGUAAAAGAAGUUGGGGAAUAGACGUUUGUCAUGUCUGAUCCAUUUAAUGGAAAAGAAGACGGCACCUUCAUUUCUUCUGUUUGUUAAAAAAUAAGUAGGUGGAUUAAGUAUAGUUUGUUAACCGAGCCAAAAAUACCAAAUCCUAUAUCGUCGUUACAGGCUGCUCUUCUUUGAAAGAGAGAUCUCAUCUAUCCGAAUUUCAACUUUACAAAGAAAGAGAAAAAAAAAAAAAAAAAAGGAAAAGGGAUAAAGUGCAAGAAAGAGAAAUGCAAAAGUCAUUUUUGGUUUUAUUUUGUGAUAACUUUUAUGUGUAUUUUCUUGUCAAGUAAGAAAGCUAUGUGUUGACAUUUAUUGAUUAAAAUACAUUACCUGAUUUGUUAGGAUCUAGUUACAGCGGAUCACGAUUUCUACUGUCGUAGGAUUGAUAAAUUGUGGUGAAGAAGAUCUAGUUACAGUGGAUCACUAUUUCUACCGUCGUAUGAUUGAUAUAUUGCGGUGAAGCUGUUUCAAUGAAAUAAACAUUUGACGACUAAAUAAUGACGUUAAGAGCUAUUCAGUUUGAGAUUUAUUAUUUCAAAUAUGAUCAAUGACUGAUUAAAGAAAUUGAUUGAAUCUUUCCAAUUGAUCAAAGAGAAUGAUCGAGUCUUUCCAAAAUACAGAUUUUAAUGGUUUAUUUAUAAAUUUUGACUAUAUACCUUUUCUUAUAAAAAAAAAAAUAAUACACUCAGCAUCUUUUAAUUUUAUAUACUUCUCCUAACAAAAAGAUAUUCCUACUAGGGUUUGAAGCACACUGAAGGAUUUUUUUAUUUUUAUUUUUGGUCGUGAAAACGAGGGAACAAGAUAUUAAAAUCGAAAAUCUUAUAAAUAGUCUUAUUAGAUAAUACUUUUAUACUUUUCUUGGUUUCUCCCAAGAACCAAUCACUUUUAAAGAUGGUUGAAGCAUUGAAGCCGUCACUUAGCCAAUGAAUAUUUUUUAGAAUGGUCAUUUUCACAGGCAAGCCUCUUUCUAUAUCAAGAAAAAGAAACUCUAAUUCUUCUUUCUUUUAAGGUGUUUUAUAUCUUUACUUUUGUCUUUUUUUUUUUUCAUAUAUUGUUUACUCAUAUUUUUAAGGAAAAUGAAUUUCUGUAAUAGAAGGUGGUCAUUCAAUCAUAGAGCUAUUAAUCCGACAGCCAUCAUUUCUAAAUUAGCUGCUAAUAUUUGCAAUGUUGAACUUCAAUUUGCCCAAAGACUAAUUCUAAUUUUUAGGCUUUAAAUUUUAAAACUUAAGUAAUGCUUCUUUUUAAAAGGUAAUCUUGGUCUCCCCUGUGGAGAUGGUAACAGAUUAGUGACUAGAUGUUUAUGAAUGGAUUAAAUAACUAUUUCUAUUAAAUAGUUGUUAAUUUAAUCAGAUAUUAACUAUUGAGAAUUGUCAGUCAUUUGGCAUGUUAUAAUUUUUCUCCCCUUUGAAUAUAGUUAGUUACCUUCAAAAAGUUACAAAGUUUUUACAGUCAGACUCCCCACAGUAUAUAAAGGAAACCAUGAUCCCCACAAAAUAGCCAUUACUGGACAUACACAAAUAAAAAAACACCCUCUCUCUCUCUCUGGGUCUGACUUUCUCCUCCAAAACUUUUCUUGGGUUUUGGGAGAGGAAAGGAAAAAAAUACAAGACAAUGGAAGGACAAUCAAGAAAAUGGAUGAUAUUAGUAGCAACGACAUGGGUACAAGCAUUUACAGGGACAAACUUUGAUUUCUCAUCAUACUCUUCAACAUUAAAAUCUGUUCUUGGAAUAUCACAAGUUCAGCUAAACUACUUGGCUAUGGCUUCUGAUAUGGGAAAGGCAUUUGGUUGGGGUUCUGGUUUAUGUUUAAUGCAUCUUCCUUUGUGGUGUGUCCUGUUCAUAGCUGCUUUCAUGGGUCUCUUCGGCUAUGGUCUUCAGUGGCUCCUAAUUGACAGAAUCAUCAGCUUUCCUUACGUUCUGGUAUUUCUCCUAUGCUUGACAGCAGGAUGCAGCAUCUGCUGGUUCAACACGGUCUGUUAUGUUCUGUGCAUAAGAAACUUCCCAGCCAACAGAGCACUAGCAUUAUCCCUCACCAUUAGUUUUAAUGGAGUUACUGCUGCUAUCUAUAACCUUAUUGCGAAUUCCAUAAACCCUGAAAAUGACACUCUUUAUCUCCUGUUAAAUGCAGCUGUCCCUCUGUUUGUGUCCAUCCUGGCGUUGCUCCCCAUCCUUCGCCAACCCCCUCUCCAGCAACUCUCUGCUGAUGCCGCUCGCAGUGACGCCUCCAUUUUUCUCUUCCUCAACAUUCUAGCCAUUUUCACUGUCCUGUACCUUCUGCUCUUGAAUUCACUAUCUUCAACUGCAUCAGUAGCACGUAUCCUUCUUGGGGGUGCUAUUCUCCUAUUAGUCCUUCCCUUGUGCUUCCCUGCACUUGUGUACGCAAGAAACUGGGCUACGCAUAACAUCCUUGCACGUUUGCAUUUUUAUCACUCAAGCUUCAAUGAUCUUGAGCUUGUCAGAGAACUCAUCAAAAAUGAAAAUGGAACUAGCUCAAAUGCCAAUUCCUAUGGCGUGGUAGAGAAAGAAGGAUGUUUUGGCUGUUUCAGAAGGGUAAUGGAGAAGGACAGGUUAACUGUGCUAGGCGAAGAGCAUCCAGCUCGAGUGCUAGUGUGUAAGUGGGAUUUCUGGCUAUAUUAUUUUACCUAUUUCUGUGGAGGGACAGUAGGGCUGGUCUAUAGUAAUAAUCUAGGACAGAUUGCACAGUCACUUGGAUACUAUAAAGACCUUGAAUCGCUCAUCACCCUAUACUCGGCAUGCUCAUUCUUUGGCCGCUUACUCUCAGCUACCCCAGAUUUCCUGCGUGACAAGGUGUACUUUGCAAGAACUGGGUGGUUAGCAGUUGCAAUUGUGCCGAUGCCAAUUGCCUUCGGUUUACUUGUUGCAUCAGGGAGUGAAGGAGCAUUGCGUGCUGGCACAGCCUUGGUUGGACUAAGCUCUGGGUUUGUAUUUGCAGCAUCUGUUUCAGUCACUUCUGAGCUGUUUGGGCCAAACAGUGCUGGGGUCAACCACAACAUCCUCAUCACCAACAUCCCCAUUGGAUCACUCCUCUAUGGCCUUCUUGCAGCCAUAGUCUAUGACGCCAAUGCUGGAAGUACCAGCCUGCUGGAGACACUGUUAGGGAAAGAACUGGUAUGCAUGGGGAGGCAAUGCUACUUGAAAACCUUCGUGUUAUGGGGUGGCAUUUCAUUGGUAGGCCUAGUUUCAGGUUAUAUGCUUUUCUUACGAACCCGACAUGCAUACAACCGUUUUGAAAGGAGCCGAAAUCUGACACAGUCCUCUUAACCGAGAAAGAUUUUGCCUUCUUUGUCACCCUUUCUAUAUAGGAUUUCAAAAUGAUUAAAUACCAUACAAGAACAUACGUAGUUAUCACGAUACAGUUGGCACUGGCUAGCUUCAAGUAGGUGGAGUAACAAGCCAACAUGCACAAAGAUGUAAGAAUCAAAUCCUAUUUCAUUAUUGGAGUAGGAGGGAGGUUACUCAUAGUCAUGCUUAGAAUAGAGGGAGAAGAGAAGAAGGAGGGCUACACCAGCUGUGUAGCCCAACGUUUUGAACCAAAAGAAAAAUAAGUAAUAUACAGAUUCUUUUUUGACAGAAAAAAAAGAAGAAGAAUAUGUUUUA